AUGCAAGAUCGCAGAAAAGAGGGAGUGGCAGAUCAUACGAUAGUCUGUCAGAUUCUUGAAGAAUCCCAAAUUACAUUCAAAUCUUUUCCGGGUGGGAAACCUUUGAAUGAUGUUGCUCUACAGAAUGCUCUUUGUGAUGUUUUCAAGACAUACGCAAGCAAUGCUGAUAAACUAGGUGCACUAGGAAUUUCACAAGCUAAUGAAAAAUUUAAUAGCAUUGUGUCCUCAAAAGCACCUAAAAGUAACCACUACAGUAGUUUGGGUAGUGUUUUGUACAGAAUUGAUGAAAGUGUCAACCAGAAAAAUGAAGGCCAUAAGUACUUUUUAUCUUUAAACAGAAGGAUGGGGUUGUCUCCAGGUCUUUUCACGGACCGACUGGCAAAACUCAGAGACCUGCAGCAUGCCAAAAGGAAGGGUAUUCGGAGAGUCCAAACAAAGGAGGCGAUUUUUGAAACCAAAAAGCACAUGGAGACAGUGGAUAACUUGUACCAGCAAUAA